AUGAUAACUUAUACAGUAUACAGUAGUACAUGUGAGGGAAAGAAGUCGUCGCGGGCCUCAACUAACACGGAACCAAAGGUCAACUCGAAAUACCAGGCUAAUGAUUCAAGACAUAUUCGUAGUAGCUCGUCGUUCGUGACAAAUUCGUCAUCAGUAUGUUGCGCUUUAUGCAAACAAAGCCAUUAUCUCAAACAGUGUUUGUUGUUCUUGAAAAAAUCGCCAAAAGAGAGAUAUCAGUUUUAUAAAGAGCCUUCUUCCUGUUUUAAGUGUCUUAAUCAGGCUAACCAUUCAGUCAAGUCGUGUCCUAAAUCCUUCAAAUGUAGUAGUCAUCUGCAUAAUAGUUUGUUGCACUUCGAUAGAGACCGUUGCAAUAGUCAGUGGUCCUCAGAAAAUAAUAGUCCAGGGACAUCGGGAAUCGAAUCGUCUCCUGAAGUAUCCCAUUGUGCCGCUAGUUUUGUAGAAAAGAAACAUGAAACCAAAAAGGAAAUCUUGCUCGGUACUGUUUUGGUUCAUGCAAUUGACAGUAAAGGGUGUAAACAACCCAUGAGAUGUCUUCUUGAUUCGGGUUCGAUGAGUUCGUUCAUUAGUCGAAAGGAUGCCAAUCGAUUGGGAUGGCCUAAAACUCCUUGCUCGUUCGAAAUUACCGGACUCAAUUCGAUGCAAACGAAACUGAAUCAUGGGCAAAUAAGUUUCUCUAUCCAACCUCGUCAUCAGGAGUCACCGGUGUUUCAUUUAGUGGCUAUUAUUACAGAUCGGGUUUGCUCGGAUUUGCCCAGCACCCAAGUAAAUGUUUCUGCUUGGAAUUAUAUUAAAAAUUUGAAGUUAGCUGAUCCCAAAUUUAAUUGUAGUCAAUCUGUCGAUUUGUUAAUUGGUUGUAGUAUAUUUUCGAAGGUGUUGUUAGAGGGUAAAAUUGAAGGUAAACCGGGACAACCUGAUGCCCUAAAUACCGUUUUUGGAUAUAUUUUGUUGUCACCAACUAGCACACCUAACCUUACGUCAACAUCGCUUGUUUGUCUUUCAAAUUUGGAAGACUCACUAGGCUCUUCGUUAAGGAAAUUUUGGGAACUGGAGAACAUACCGGAAGAGCCAGUUUCAGAACCGGAAGACGUUCUGUGCGAAACAAUUUUUCGGGAAACACAUAGUCGGGACAUCUAG